GUUACAUUUUCAUCGCUACAAGUUCUCUCCAUUGCUGUUUGCUUCGUAGCACUGAUUCAGGUCCAGAUCAAACUCUACGCGCAUGACCAAAUCCUUCUGAAACUUCUUCAACAAAAGGAAGGAAAUUCCGACGUGAGAAACACGGCACCUAAUGAAGCAACGGGCAGUUCGGGGCAGAAAAUUGAAUUUCUCAGAGAAUUGGAUGAUAAACAUAGUAAAAAAGGUGAGAAAUAAAAUCGCUUAUUCUAAGAUUUAAGAGUUUCGACGAAAAGCAGCUCUUUCCUUUGAACUUCAUAUAAAGAAUUGAAGAGCCUUCUACUACGACGAAGCAGAAGCUGCGGAUAGAACCAAGAAGAAAUAUAGGUGCGUGCUUAUUCACCCUUACUGGGGAGUGGACAGCUCUGUUAUUUUUCCUCCGUUCGCAACUAGCCAGCAUAAACAGCCAACGGCCGCCUGUCAUCUCUCCUUGCCACUGGUGACGUUUUGUGAGAGAGAAGGGAGAGAGAAGAGGGUCGUCCCACCGCUCGCGCGAAGGUGAGAGACGGCUGGCUGAAUUCGCAAACUAUUCGCGACAUAUCAGAGAGACGACUACCGGGCACGGUCAGAGGGUACGGUGUUGGGCUCCCCACUAAAAUAGACUUUCCUCCGGGAAAAAUCAAGAUUUCAUGUUUCUCAUUCUUAGAUAUAUAGAGUGGAGGAUCUUGCGUCUAGACAAAUGUAUUAUUUUACGAGGAAUCUGAAGAGCAGUUGUUUAGAAUGGGAAAGGAAGGUGAAAUUUUCAUCUGGCGCAGCAUAGCUAAGCAUGUUCAGAAGUGCGAGCGAGCGAGGCAUUGCUCGACCGCGCGACAAUCCCGAGCGAUUGUGAUCAGUUCAUCUAUGUGCCACAAGAGAAAAUGCGAUUUCAUUUUAUAUAGGAUUUUAGCUGUAACAUAAACCAAACGUGGCUUUUCGUCUUGAAGAGAAAGGAGAACCUGAAUUAUGGGAAGAAAACUUAUCGAAGCAAGGCCCAGAGACUAACCAAAACAAACUUAACCGGGAUUCCUUAACUAAGGCCAAAUUGUGAAAGGUUUGAACCCAGGAGUCAUUUCAAAAAUAGGUUGAGUUUGAUCGUCCGGGUGAGCGUAGUUCUGCAUAGGACUGUUGUCGGUGACAGUGACUGACGUUUCGACAACCUGUGCGGUAGUCAUCUUCAGAGUCAAAGUGAGUUGUAGCACGUCAGUUGAUGGUAUUAUACUCUGGUUAUUGAUCUGAUUGGUCAAUUACGUAAUUGACCAAUCAGAUCAGUCAGAUCACUAACCAGAGUAUAAUACCAUCAACUGACGUGCUACAACUCACUUUGACUCUGAAGAUGACUACCGCACAGGUUGUCGAAACGUCAGUCACUGUCACCAACAACAGUCUUAUUCAGGACUACGUUCACCCGGACGAUCAAACUCAACCUACUUUUAUAAUUAAGGCUAAAUUGAUGGAAGACGAGGGCUCUCAUCCCCCUGCAGCACCACAUUUGCUGCUAAAAUGCAACCUAACGCAACAAACAGAGUUGCAAACUUACACUGCGAGGAUAUACAUGUAUAGACUGUCGUUGAUUCCAUUUUCGCAAGCAGUCUUGGGAGCGACGUCCGUGACACUGUAAUUUGCCGUGACGAUCAUCACGUUACUUCCUCCCCUGCAAAGUUAAUUCCUAUUUAACCCCGAGGUGGGGGCGAGUGGACUUUCUAUAGAAGUUACGGGGAUGUGCAUCGUCUCGCUGAGGGGCAGAAAUUGAAGAGUUUUAUCUCACUUGAGGUGUUCAGGGGCGAAAGCUAAUAUUUUUUCCCCAUAAAGGUAUCGCUAGGGUUGUGUGUAAAGAUAUAACAAAUUCUCUACACAAAAGGAAAGGCAAUCAAACUGUAUUAAUUUGCACUAGUAUCGUCAACUUUACAGGUCAAAGCAAGGCUAUGCCACGGUCAGAUUUGUCUCCUUUAGUGAUUGGGAUCUUGAAUUUUCCGACGAGCAUUCCCUUCUCUUUUAAGGGGCCGGUCAUUAUUUAUCGCCUUGGGCGGGGGGCGGAAGUUUUGGGGCUUAACAAUGUAAAAUUUAGCCGAUACCUCCUUUGAAUGUUACUUCACUUUCGUGAUCCCCCCUAAUAACUUUUGAUAACUUUCGUGAUUCCCCCCCAUGUCUUCAUUUUCCAACCAAAUUUGAGUGGUCCACCCUCUGAAUCCUUCCAAAGUUUUCAGCGAUCCCCCCUUUUGGUUUCUCAGUUACGACUGACCCCCCCUUUUGUUUUCCUAAAAAUCAAGAGACCCCCUAAAAUUCUUCCCCCCCCCCCGGGCGAUAAAUAAUGACCGGUCCCUAAAUGGGAGUCCGCCUCCCAACUCCCACCCCCGUAUUGCUGGAUUUUAUGGACGCUGUCGCAUGAUUUAUGGUCAUAGCUUUGUUCAAAUCAGCAGCGGUAGUUCAGAGGUUUCUCGGCAUGGCACAAACGAACUGCACUAAGUGGACAAUUUUCAAGUUAAUCAAGUGAUGGAAAAGCCAAGUCGUGAAAUCAUUUUUAGCACGGCGGCAAUUUGCUAGAAACAUAAUGCCAACUUUUAAAAGGUUAGCCAAAUCGUUUUCUAGUUGCGAUCAUUUUUCCGGUGAGCUCUUUUAGGUCGAACUGUAACCUUAAAUAGUUUUAUUUCACUUAUAAGUUACUUCGAAUUCUCUAAAAAAGUGAAACAUUAUAUUUAAGUGAGGUUUUCGUUUUUGUAAACCUUUAGCUGUCCAUAUCUUGAGAAAGUACUAGUGAUCCUUUAAAGUAGAAUUGAGUUAGAUCUUUUGUCGUGAAAAUUCUAAACAUCUCUCGUUAUAUUUUUAAUUAGUAUCAGGACAAGCCGAUAAGAUGGUGGGCUUUCAAAAUUGCCGUAUUAGAGAGCAAAAUACAUAAACAUAUUUUAAAAAACAUAAGAGACGAACAUGUUACAACUCUGAUGUUUCUUAAAUGGACGUCCAAAUUAUAGGAACUGCUAGCGUCUAGAUCAAUGACUUCAUCAGAAUUCUUCCCAAAGUGAUUUUAUUACACACUGAUCACACUAUACUAUCACAUUAUACAGCAUUCAUAUUACCAGCUGUCGUUUCGUAUUAUUAAAGGUAAGUGAAUUAAAAGAAGAUAGCUUAAAAUGCUUCUUUCUUCCAGAUACACUAGUUCGCCGCAGACGCAAUUUGGGAAAUGAACACAAGCUGCUAAAUACAAGCGAAAUAAUCACAAGAAAGGACAUCCGAAAAGAGGUUCAUCUUGCACUGAGUAGCCAUGUUUGUACGGUGCAUUGCCCAAGAAGUGCCAGGGGAAAAAGAGGCAGACCUGGUCACAGAGGCCCCCCCGGCAAAUAUGGCCCACCUGGGCCUCAGGGACCACAAGGACCUAAGGGUCCUCCUGGAGAUCAGGGACCUCCAGGACCUAAAGGCAAUGAAGGUCCUCAGGGACCCAAGGGUGAUCGUGGUAAAUCCAUUGCAGCGCCUUCUAUUGUGUCGCCUCUUGUUUCCAUAGUGGUAAAUGAAACGGAUGUAGCCUCACUUCAGUGUCAGGUUAGAGGAAAUCCGAUACCUCAGAUCACGUGGAUGAAAGAGAACUUCAGUCUGUCAGUGACCAAACGCAUCCAACAAUCACGUGGUACCCUGAUGAUAACAACUGUGACUUCAGAAGAUGGUGGAAUGUACACGUGCCAAGCAAAGAAUAUUCUUGGAGUUGUAAGAUCAUCAGCUACACUAACUGUUCAAGGUAAAAAUAAUGAAGUCCUGUUUCAAUGUUUGUGUCAUGAAAGGAUAUUAAGUACAAAUCGUUAAAGAAAAUAUAAAAGAGGUUACUCAACAAAAUAUCAGAUUCACCUUUAUGGGAUUUUGAGAUUUAGAGAGUAAAUACCUAAGGUAUGACACAGUUUGCCUGUUGUGUUUAAGUUCUAACAAUAUUUUUUUUAUAGUGAUGAAGAUUUGUUUUAUACUAUAAAACUAAAAAUGCUGAAAAAUCUGAGAACUGUCUUGCUACCAUAUGCUUUCAAUAAGGUGCAUGGAUGUUGUCACUGCUGUAGGUGACGGGAAUCUAACUAACUGAUUAAUUGUUAUUUUUCAACAACAGUUGCUGCCAAAAUCACUCAAAAGCCCUCGUCUAUCAUUGUUGAAGAAGGACAAAAUGUGACUCUAGUUUGCAAAGCUACUGGUCAGCCGACACCGACAGUAAUGUGGCGCAAAGCAUUUGGUCACGUGUCUAAAGCGAAUAUUGUGGUGGCAGAUUGGAAUAUGACCAUACUCAGCGUUACGAAAGCAGACGGUGGGGCUUACGCAUGCUCGGUAAAGAACCUUCUUAGCCAAGAUUCUGCUGUUGCAUUAGUGACAGUGAUCGACAGGCUCGAAUUCGUUUUGGCUCCUCCCUCGACAGUUGUUGCAAAUGAGAGCAGCGACAUAGUAUUAAACUGUGCAGCCCACGGCAAAAAAGAUAUUCUUUGGGAAAGACAGAGCCGAGCACUUCCUAAAAAUCACGCCGUUUUUUCAAAUGGGACAUUGCUUCUGAGGAUGAUUUCUCUAAAUGACGCCGGAACUUACAAAUGCGUAACGAAAAACUACCACCGCUCUAUAGAAACAGCGUCUGUCGUUAAAGUGCUAAGCUUGGUUAAACCAAAAUCCUGCAGCGAGAUAAAAUCGAAAGAACCUGGAAGCUCUUCUGGCAAUUACAUGAUUGACCCUAAUGGCGAAGGUGGCGUGACUUCAUUCAGCGUGUAUUGUGACAUGAAUGACAAAGGCGGAGUUGGCGUGACGGUCAUUAGUCAAGACAGUGAAAGUAGGACCCAUGUCGGUCCCAAUGGAUGUAGCGGCCAAGGAUGUUACCGUAAAGGUGUGACUUACACAGGAGUUACUACCGCUCAACUGGCAGCGUUUACUCGAGUCUCGCAGAAAUGUGAACAGUUCAUUAAGUAUGAGUGCAAUCCUCACUCAUCAUUUAUUGAGCGUGGUUUUGCUUGGUGGGUGUCACGUGAUGGAACAAGAAAGGACUACUGGGAUGGAGCUACUGGCUACAACAAGAUGUGCGCAUGCGGGGUAACGAACUCUUGUUCUAGUGGUGGUAAGUGCAACUGCCCAACCCGCAGUGGCUGGAGUGAGGACAGCGGCCUGCUCACAGACAAGGCCGCUCUUCCCGUGAAACAGAUCAGAUUGGGAGACUUGAAUGGUUCACACGAGGAGGGUUAUCACACUUUAGGAAAACUCAAAUGUUAUGGACAAACUUAG